AUGGUCCCCUCAAGCACCCUCAUGCGCGCCUCCCGGCCGCUCUUCCGCCAGGCCUUUCGCCGCACCCAGCGCAUGGGCCAGCAGCAGCAGCAGCAGCAACACCAGUUCCAGUUCCGCUUCCGCGAUGGCGCCGGCCGCAGGUGGCAGAGCACCGCCUCGGACACCGCCCACCCGAGCUGGUUCAAGCGCAUGUGGGAGAGCGAGGUGGGCAUCAAGACGGUGCAUUUCUGGGCCCCCGUCAUGAAGUGGGCCCUCGUCCUCGCCGGCAUCUCCGACUUUGCUCGUCCCGCCGAGAAGCUGUCCUUUACCCAAAACUUUGCCCUGACCUGCACCGGCCUCAUCUGGACCCGGUGGUGCCUCAUCAUCAAGCCCAAGAACUACCUCCUGGCCGCCGUCAACUUCUUCCUCGGCAUUGUCGGCAUCAUCCAGCUCACCCGCAUCGGCAUGCACGGGUCGUCCAAGAACAAGUCCGUCUCCGACGUCGUCGACGAUGUCAAGGAGGACGUCAAGGACCAGGUCAAGGCCUGA